AUGUGCAGCCAUCUGAACACCCUUAUUCCUGCAAGCAUCGCGACGGAUCUGCAUCAGGAUUUCUGGAGACAUCGUCGUGGCUGUGCGCGAUGUGACGGCAAGCACACUCCGAACAGCCAUGAAUAUCAGACUGCAAAGUGUUGCUUGGAACACCUGAUCAAGAAUCGCGAUGUCCUCUACAAGCCGCGAAAGGGUGCGAAAGCCGUCGACGACAAGCCAGGAAAGUCUGCAAGACCAAAGAAGCCGCUCUCAGAGGCGCAGCGCGAGCGUUUACGGCGCAAACGCCACGAAGCGAAACUCGCCAGAGGUUAUAUCUGCAGAGAAUACGAGAUGGACGACGAUUUUGAUGCAGGCGGCGAGAAGACGGGCCAACUGACACAUGCAUACUUCAAGGAUCACAGAGCGAAGGCCUACGAUGAGGAAGCGGUGGUUGUGAUGGAAGAAGAUGACAGCAUCUACGAGCAACUGGUGGUCUGUACGAAGAAGAUUUUGAUCUGA